AUGGCUGAAUGCCUGGAGCCCCUGUUCGGAUGUCUGCAAAGCACGGGCAUGCUCGAGGCAGCGGGCCGGAAGAUGGCCGCGUUCCUUCGCAUCAAGUCAAAUUGGGGCGACCUCGAAAAGGCCCGGGACAGCCUGCGGGCCGUCGAGACGACGGUCAGGGCGGCAGUCAUGGCGGAGGAGGACAAGCUGAACGUCUGUGAUCCUCAGGUGGAGGUGUGGCUCAAGCGCGUCGAUGAGCUUCGCCAGGACACCAUCGAUGAGGAUUACACCAGUUUGUUGGGGUUCUCUUGCCUCUGCCAGUGCACCGUGCACGCUCGUCGCCGCGCCUCGAUCGGCAAGCGUGUUGUGGAGGCGCUGGAGGAGGUGAAAAAACUGACCGAGGAAGGGAGGCAGUUCAGGACAUUUGGCUUCAAGCCACCGCCGAGGGCCGUCAGUCGGUUAUCCCAAACCGAGACCGUUGGGUUGGAGCCGAUGUUGGCUCGGGUCCAUGAUUUGCUUGAGAAGGGCGAGUCAAGCAUAAUUGGUGUGUGGGGUCAAGGAGGCAUCGGCAAGACGACUCUCCUACACGCCUUGAACAAUGAUCUCGAAAAGAAAGAUCACAACUAUCAGGUUGUUAUCUUUAUUGAAGUAUCCAAUUCAGAGACCCUGAACACAGUGGAGAUGCAGCAGACUAUCUCUGAUAGGCUUAAUUUGCCUUGGAAUGAAUCAGAGACAGUUGAGAAACGGGCCAAAUUCUUGGUGAAGGCACUGGCCAGGAAGAGAUUUCUAGUGCUGCUUGAUGAUGUAAGGAAGAAAUUCCGACUGGAGGAUGUCGGUAUCCCGACUCCAGACACCAAGAGCGAAAGCAAGCUGAUCCUGACAUCACGUUACCAAGAAGUAUGCUUCCAGAUGGGUGCACAGAGGAGCCGAAUUGAAAUGCAGGUUUUGGAUAAUGAUGCUGCCUGGGAGCUGUUCUUGAGCAAGCUGAGCAAUGAGGCUUGUGCAGCAGUUAAAUCCCUGAAUCCCAACAAUGUUGUUCGGGAGCACGCCAGGAAAAUAUUCUUAAGCUGUGGAGGUCUGCCACUCGCACUCAAUGUCAUUGGGACUGCUGUGGCAGGCUUGGAAGGACCCAAAGAAUGGAUGUCAGCCGCGAAUGACAUCAAUAUGUUGAACAAUGAAGAUGUGGAUGAAAUGUUUUAUCGGCUGAAAUACAGCUAUGACAGGCUCAAACCCACUCAACAACAGUGCUUUCUGUAUUGCACUCUGUUCCCUGAAUACGGAUCUAUUAGUAAGGAACUACUAGUAGAUUAUUGGCUAGCUGAAGGUUUGCUACUCAAUGAUUGUCAAAAGGGUGAUCAGAUAAUUCAGAGCCUUAUUUCAGCAUGCUUGUUGCAGACCAGUAGUUCAAUGUCAUCAAAGGUAAAAAUGCAUCAUGUAAUCAGGCAUAUGGGGCUUUGGUUGGUUAACAAGACAGAUCAAAAGUUUCUCGUUCAAGCAGGGAUGAAUUUGGAUGGUGCUCCAUCACCAGGAGAGUGGAAAGAAGCUACAAGGAUCUCCAUCAUGUCUAAUGACAUCAAAGAGCUUUCUUUCUCACCGAAAUGCAGAAGCCUCACCACAUUAUUAAUCCAGAAUAACCCAAAUUUGAACAAGCUGAGUUCGGGAUUUUUCAAGUUUAUGCCUUCUUUGAAAGUGCUAGAUCUUUCUCACACUGCAAUAACGUCACUUCCAGAAUGUGAAACAUUGAUUGCAUUGCAGCAUCUCAAUUUGUCACACACAAACAUUAGGAUAUUACCUGAGAGGCUGUGGUUAUUAAAAGAGUUGAGGCAUCUGGAUCUCAGUGUGACUGCUGAACUCGAAGAUACCUUGAAUAACUGCUCAAAGUUGCUCAAGUUAAGAGUGCUUAAUCUCUUUCGCAGUCACUAUGGUAUUAGUGAUGUCAACGACCUGAAUCUGGAUUCCCUGAAGGCACUAAUGUUCCUUGGAAUCACUAUUUAUGCAGAGGACGUGUUAAAGAAACUGAACAAGACUAGUCCUUUGGCAAAGUCAACAUUUCGUCUGAAUCUCAAGUACUGUAGAAAAAUGCAUUCGCUCAAAAUCUCCGAUCUCAACCACUUGGUGCACCUCGAGGAGCUGUAUGUCGAGUCGUGCUAUAAUCUAAGCACACUGGUUGCUGAUGCUGAGCUGGCAACUUCAGGCCUGGAGCUCCUGACCCUCUCAGUUCUUCCUGUGCUGGAGAACGUCAUUGUUGCACCAACGCCCCACCAUUUUCGGCACAUCCGCAAAUUGGCCAUUUCGAGUUGCCACAAGCUGAAGAACAUCACAUGGGUCCUCAAACUCGAAAUGCUCGAGAGGCUUGUCAUAACCAAUUGUGAUGGGUUGCUCAAGAUCGUUGAAGAAGAUAGCGGUGAUGAGUCAGAGACAAUGCUGGGUCAUCCUUCUGAAGAACAGGAAGAUAAGUGGAUUGAUGAUGGUCAAAGUGCGUGCAAUAGCGGUGACAACACGCAUGCAGAGUUCCUGAACCUAAGAUCAAUCGUGCUGACUGAUGUCAAGAUGCUGAGAAGUAUCUGCAAGCCAAGAAAUUUUCCCAGCCUUGAGACCAUCCGGGUGGAGGAUUGCCCGAAUCUGAGAAGCAUCCCGCUGAGCAGCACGUACAACUGGGGGAAACUGAAGCAGGUGUGCGGUUCAGUUGAAUGGUGGGAGAAACUGGAGUGGGAGGACAGGGAGGGCAUGGAGAGCAGGUUCUUCAUUCCGAUCUGA